AUGAUGGAUGACUCCAUCGUCACCCGCGUGAGCUGGACCACGGUCAAGGAGCAACAUGCAGACUUGUUGUUCUAUGCAGCAGAGUCCGUGCAGCCACCGCCUCUGAUGGAAAGCUUGAAGCCGCUCGCGCCGCAGCCUGCGGUGGGCUCGCAAGCCCCAUGCGAGGCCGGUGCAAGGCCUUACGGGAUGGUGAAUGGCGUGAAUGGUGUGAAUGGGAAGUCCAGGUCGCCUGAGCGAGUCGAUGCUCUAGAGAGGCACCGCAGCCGCCAGGAGGUGGAAGACCGAAGGUUGGGCCGAAGUGAGGUGAACGGGAGAUCCAGGUGUAUAUUCUUUACACUUGCGGCCACGUUCGGGUCGCCAGAGCACUCAGUGCAGGAGACUCUCAGGCCCAGCGCGAGCUCAGAGUCUGAUCCUGUGAGGCGCGAGCAUCAAGCGCUCUUGGAUGUGGAGUCUCCACCGACACAAGACACGACGGUCGCGUCGACUGCCCCAUGCAGCAUUUCACGUCGAGUGAUGUGCGGAAUGGCUUGGACGCUGUUCUCAGUGUGUCUUCUUGGUUGGGCUGUGAUCUUCUUCAUGCCCACGACUGAAACUGGACGUUCGGAUGAGGUGAUGGAGUUGGCCCAGUUCAAGCCAGAGACGGCCGACGAUGUGGAAGCUGAGAAGGCUCAGUUUGGGCAGAUGGCUUCCAAGGCUGCAGAGUUGGCGAAGCUCUUGCGAGUGCUCCGUGGCAAAGAACAGGCCUUGAAUCCAGUUGCCAGUCCUCCAGCCUCUUAG